CCAGUUCCCACCUCCGGCUGCAGCCUUCUGCUGUCCGGGCCGGUCCCCGACUUCCAUCUCCCCACCCUUAACCGGCUGCCCCAAUAUCGGUUCCCCGGCCCGCUGUCCUCUGCCCUGCCCUGCUCCGCCAAGGGUCCCUGUCUCUGAGCCUCAGCCCCAUGGCGCUGCAGGCGCUGCAGAGCUCGGGGGUGGCCUUCCGCAAGAUCCUGUCUCAUUUCCCCGAGGAGCUGAGCCUGGCUUUCGCCUACGGCUCCGGGGUGUACCGCCAGGUGGGGCCCAGUUCAGACCAGAAGAAUGCCAUGCUGGACUUUGUUUUCACAGUAGAUGACCCUGUUGCAUGGCAUUCAAAGAACCUGAAAAAAAAUUGGAACCAUUACUCUUUCCUAAAAGUUUUGGGGCCCAAGAUUAUCACCACUAUCCAGAAUAACUAUGGUGCUGGAGUCUACUAUAAUCCAUUGGUCAUGUGUGAUGGUAGGCUUAUCAAAUAUGGGGUCAUUAGCACUAACAUUUUGAUUGAAGAUCUCCUCAGCUGGAAUAACUUAUAUGUUGCUGGACGACUCCAGAAACCGGUGAAAAUCAUAGCAAUGAAUGAAAAUGUUGCUCUUAGGUCAGCCCUCGAUAAAAAUCUGAAGAGUGCUGUGACCACAGCUUUCCUCAUGCUCCCCGAAAGCUUUUCUGAAGAAGACCUCUUUAUAGAGAUCGCCAGACUGUCUUAUUCAGGCGACUUUCGGAUGGUGGUUGGAGAGGAUAAGACAAAAGUGCUGAAUAUUGUGAAGCCCAACAUAGCCCACUUUCGUGAGCUCUAUGGCAACAUACUGCAGGAGAAUCCCCAAGUGGUGUAUAAGAUCCAGCAAGGCAGACUGGAGAUAGAUAAAAGCCCAGAAGGACAAUUCACUCAGCUAAUGACAUUGCCCAAAACCUUACAGCAACAAAUAAAUCAUAUUAUGGACCCUCCUGGAAAAAACAGAGAUGUGGAAGAAACUUUAUUGCAAGUUGCUCAUGAUCCUGACUGUGGAGAAGUGGUGCGACUAGGGCUUUCAGCAAUUGUGAGACCUUCUAGUAUGAAACAGAGCACCAAAGGCAUUUUCACUGCUGGUGUGAAGAAAUCAGUGGUUUAUAGUUCACUAAAGCUACACAAAAUGUGGAAAGGAUGGCUAAGGAAAACAUCCUGAUUUGGCUUGCUUUUAUACGUGUUAUGUAUAGAUUAAUAAAGUGAUCCUUUUUGACAGAA